AUGCAGUUUGCAUCGUUUGCAUGUAGGCAUGUAGCAGAGAUGGCUGGGACGAGCAAGAGAAGUUCGGGUGUAUUGAGUGACGAGGACAUACAGUGUUUGCUUGAAAGUGAUUCGGAACAAAGUCUGUCAGAUUCGGAUUUUGACUCUGAAAACGAGUUAGAUGACCGUGCCUUGAUUGAUGCUGUUGGAAAUGAGGGCAGCGAUGAAGAUGACAGUGCAAAUCAAGAAUUCGUUUGGGAGGAUAUGGAGAACUAUAGGGGUCACAGAGAACAUUUCACGGGCAGUGUUGGAGCUCAAGGCCCUGCGAAAGAUGUAACGGAAAUUGUGAACGUUUUCGAGUUGUUUUUCGACAAGGAACUUAUUGAUACCAUAGUCGCAGAAACAAAUAGACACGCGGAACUGUUUCUACGGGGGCGUGAACCAUCAGUGAGGUCGCAUUCUAAGGCAUGGAAACCCGUGACAGAGGGAGAGAUUUAUGUUGUCUUGGGUUUGUUCAUGCUCAUGGGCAUUGUACAGAAACCAACUCUUCGGUCGUAUUUUACAACAAAAAGAGUAAUUUCAACACCGGGAUUUAGAGACAUUAUGACGCGAGACAGACUGGAGCUAAUAUGUAAAUAUUUGCAGUUCGCCAACAAUGAAAACAUCAGCACUUUUGAAGGACCAAAAAAACUUUUCAGAAUUUACCCAGUAGUUUUCCAUCUCAAUAAGAAAUUUCAGGAACUCUGUCUCCCAAACCAGGACAUUUCAGUUGACGAAUCUUUGACACUUUGGAAAGGCCGUCUGUCUUUCAAACAGUACCUCCCUCUGAAGGCAACCAAAUUUGGAAUUAAAACUUACGAGUUGUGUGACUCCAUCACGGGGUAUUUAUGGUCCUUCAUCGUAUAUACAGGCAAGGAUACAGAAUUUGAAUCACCUUUGAUCACAGUAGACACCAAUAAAACUUCAGCCAUUGUCCUGAAACUGGUAGAACCUCUCCUGAAUCAAGGUCGGACUCUGUGGAUGGAUAAUUUUUACAAUUCUCCAACUCUAGCCAGGCUACUGAAGAUAACGCACAAGACCGACUGUGUUGGCACUCUGAAAUUGAAUCGUAAGAAUGUGCCUCCAAAAGUGAAAAACACUAAACUAAAAAAAGGCGAAAUCGUGGCACAACAUUCUGGACCCGUUUCUGUCACAAAGUGGUUCGACAAAAAAAUAGUCACCAUGAUCUCCACCUAUCACAGUCACGACACCAGGACUGUUACAGUUAGAGGCAAGGAGGUGGCGAAACCAGUUUCAGUAUUGGACUACAAUAAGUCAAUGGGAGGGGUCGAUUUGAAGGACCAGCUGCUUCACCCUUAUUUGAUCGAGAGGAAGCGCAUGAAUAAGUGGUACAUGAAGCUGUUUCGCAGGCUCCUAAACGCCUCAAUUCUGAAUUCAAUGAUAGUGUACAGGAGUAACACAGGCAUACGAAUUCAGCAAUUAUCAUUCAGAAUUCAGUUGAUUGAGGGCCUGUUCGUGAAAUAUGCGAGUGCUGUGGAACAUAAAGUGCCGGGUUCACAUCCAUCAGACAACACAGUGCCCCGUCUAACAGAACGACAUUUUAUCAGCAAAAGCGCGGAAGGAGAAGGGACACAGUGUAUUGGUGUGAUGCGUGCGGCGUGGGCCUCUGCAUUGAGUGUUUCCGCGACUACCACACACGGCUGAAUUUUUAAGGUAAUACGAUAUUAUUGUUCAUAAUUUUUAUACGCUUACUGGCCCAAAAAUAAUUUUAAAGUAGUGUGGA